ACGGAGACGCAGAGGAACGGAUCCUGGUGCAGUGGUGGUCUUGUUACCUGCGGACCUGCUGCGCCUGGAGGACCAGCUUCACCAUGAGCCAGCGGCAGGUGCUGCAAGUGUUCGAGCAGUACCAGAAAGCCCGGACGCAAUUCGUGCAGAUGGUGGCGGAGCUGGCGACCAGACCCCAAAACAUCGAGACGCUGCAGAACGCAGGUGUAAUGUCUUUGCUGAGGCCUCUUCUUCUGGAUGUGGUCCCAACAAUUCAGCAGACUGCUGCUUUGGCUCUGGGGAGAUUGGCCAAUUACAAUGAUGACUUAGCAGAAGCAGUUGUGAAGGGCGACAUUCUUCCACAGCUUGUUUAUUCAUUGGCAGAACAAAAUCGUUUCUACAAGAAAGCAGCUGCCUUUGUGCUGAGAGCAGUUGGUAAACAUUCCCCGCAGCUGGCCCAGGCUAUAGUCGACUGUGGAGCUCUGGACACACUGGUGAUAUGCUUGGAGGACUUUGACCCUGGAGUCAAGGAGGCCGCAGCCUGGGCACUUGGAUAUAUUGCAAGACACAAUACAGAAUUAUCUCAAGCUGUGGUGGAUGCGGGAGCAAUUCCUCUUCUAGUUCUCUGUAUCCAGGAGCCAGAAAUUGCUUUGAAAAGGAUUGCUGCCUCUGCUCUCAGUGAUAUUUCAAAGCAUUCUCCAGAGUUAGCACAGACGGUGGUGGAUGCCGGAGCGAUUGCUCACUUAGCCCAGAUGAUCCUCAAUCCUGAUGCUAAACUGAAGCGCCAGGUCCUUUCUGCUCUCAGUCAGAUUGCAAAACAUUCGGUGGAUCUGGCAGAGAUGGUGGUUGAAGCAGAGAUUUUCCCGGUUGUACUCACCUGUCUGAAGGACAAAGAUGAAUACGUGAAGAAAAACGCUUGCACUUUAAUUAGAGAGAUUGCAAAACAUACACCCGAGCUAUCACAGCUGAUUGUUAACGCAGGAGGCGUGGCUGCUGUGAUUGACUGCAUCGGAUCCUGCAAAGGGAACAUUCGGCUGCCCGGCAUCAUGUUGCUAGGUUACGUGGCUGCUCAUUCUGAGAACCUGGCCAUGGCAGUGAUCAUUUCCAAGGGUGUACCCCAGUUAUCAAUCUGCCUCUCAGAAGAACCAGAAGAUCACAUUAAGGCUGCUGCCGCCUGGGCCUUAGGGCAGCUGGGAAGACACACGCCAGAGCAUGCCAGGGCUGUUGCGGUCACAAACACUCUUCCAGUUCUGCUUUCUUUGUACAUGGCCCCAGAGAGCUCCGAGGACUUGCAGGUCAAAAGUAAAAAAGCCAUAAAGAAUAUUCUUCAAAAAUGCACCUACCUCCCAGCCCUCGAGCCAUUUUUGUAUGAUGCGCCUCCCAAUAUCCUGAAACACGUUGUUGGUCAGUUCAGUAAGGUGCUGCCUCAUGACAGCAAAGCUCGGCGGCUUUUUGUAACUAGCGGAGGACUUAAAAAGGUGCAAGAGAUAAAAGCAGAGCCUGGCUCUCUCCUGCAGGAAUACAUCAACAGCAUUAACAACUGCUACCCAGAGGAAAUAGUACGGUACUAUUCACCUGGAUACUCGGAUACUCUUCUACAGAGGGUGGACAGCUACCAGCCACUUACCAACUGAACAAACCGUACUUUUAUCUUCCUCAGUUUCCCAGGAGAGUAUGAAUAGUGAUUGUUAAAGUUCUUUGAAAGUACACUCUAGCUGUGUUCAAUGCAAGAUACCUUUGGAUAAUGUUUUCUAAAUGUAUGUAGUAGUUUAAGAAUUAGUAGCUGGAAUAUAUGAAGGGCUAGUCAUAGUCAGUGCAUGCAUAGGGAUUUCUCUAAAGGUAGUCUUGAAGACAUUAAAAGGUUUAACACAUUUGUUAUCGUUCUGCUGAAAACCACAUGUAAACAGCACAGACAUUAUCUCCAACCAGCUGAGAAAUGCCGCCCAACAGUGCUUAGGCUAUUCUGGCCAUUUUCUCACACAUAGGCAAGGAAAACUUGCCUUUCAAGUUACGUAAAAGCAUCUAGAAGGAAAAGAGCUGAAAGGUGACCCUGAUGACAAAUAAUGUAGAAUUAGGAGCGGCGGGGCUGCGUCCCCAGCACCCAGCCGCCCGCAUGGCUAGGUUAUGCCCCGAAAUAAUUACACGGAAACUGUAUUUUUUUAAACACUGACUGGCCCGUUAUCUGUAGCCUCUUAUUGGCUAGCUCUUACAUAUUGUUCUAACCCAUUUCUAAUAUUCUGUAUAGCCCACAAGGUGGCUUACCAGGGAGUAUCUUAACCUGCGUCUGUCUGGAGUGGGAGAACCAUGGCGACUCUCUGAUUCAGCUUCUUUCUCCCAGCAUUCUCUUCUGUUUCCUCCACCCACCUAUGUUCUAACCAAUAAAAUGGGCCAAGGCAGUUUCUUUAUUAUAAUUAACCAAUGUCCUUCCUCCAUCAUUUCCCCUUUUUCUGUUUAAACAAAAAAAAGACGGCUUUAACUUAACAUAGCAAAAUUACAUAUAACAAAAUAGUUAUUAAGCAAGAAUUACAGUUACAAUAUUUAUAUCUAUUUUAUCUUUUAUCAUAACUAAGGAAAACUAUAGCUAUCUAUUUAUUCUUCAACUCCAUCAAAGACUCCAGAAGGAUAUAAUAUUACCUAAGCAAAUAAGAAAUAAACGACAGAGACAUCUUGCUGCCUGGACAGUCACCCAAAGUUCUUUUGUACUGUUGGGGCAUCCAUCUUCGGCCUACAG